AUGCGCAGAAGCGGCGCCACCGCCGCACACAAGCCACCACCGCCACCACAACCAGACCAAGGAGCCCGCAAGCUCCACUGCCACCACCCACGCCACGCGGGGCUGAAGAGCCGAGCCGCACCAUCGCUGCCUACCAAGCUCGCCGAGAAGAGCUCCGCGGGCGCCGCCAACCGCCACAGAGAGGGAGCUUCGACAGACGCCAACACAGGGGUCCAAGGCCCAGCCGUCGCCGCAGCAGCGCGAGCUCCCCGGUCCAGCCGCCGUCGCGGCCACAGCGGCCGCCAAACCAGCCGGAGCACACAUCGGGCCGCCACUCCGCAGACCGCCUCCGCAGCAACGUCCCGCGCCGCUGCCCACAGGGCAGCACACCGCGCACCCCAGCCACCCCCGCGCCGCACGCCGGCGCCCCAGCCAAGCCCGCACCGCACGCCGGCCGAGGGGCCGCGCUCGUCGCCGCUCUACCGCCCACAUGGCCCGAACGCCGCCGAAUCCGCCGAGCCGCCGCCACAGCCCGCCUCACCACCAGAUCGGGGCGUGCUUGCCCCGGAUCCGCCACCCCACGAUCCCGGAGCCGCCGCUCCGGCGUCCUAA